AUGGUGAAGAAGCGAAAGGCGAAGAACCAGGACGGGGCUGGCGACAUGGACAUGGGGGACGCCGCCGCGCCUUCCGCCGUGACAUUCUCCGCGGGAGCCGCUAAGGACGUCGCGGCCGCCGUAUUUUCCGCCGCUUCAGCCGCCGUGGGAGGCGCCGAUGCAUCCGGCGAGGCGGGAGGUCCGAUCGCUAGCGGCAACGCCAUGGUCACAAGUGAGACGAUGGCGUUCACAGUAAUCAAGGCGUCGGCUGAUGGGUUCACGAUGAAGGCGCACAAGUCACCCCCCUACACGAGUGAGGCGAUGGGGUUCACAGUGAUCAAGGCGCACAAGUCACCCCCCUAUGGGGUUCACAACACGAGUGAGGUGAUGGGGUUCACAGUGAUCAAGGCUUCGGCUGAUGGGUUCUUGAUUAAGGCCCACAAGUCACCCUCCUGUGUGCCGCAUCCUUCCGGCCCCCACCCCCCCUCCCCCUCCUCCCUCCCCUCCCCUCCUCCUCCCCUCCUCCCCUCCCCCCCCCCUCCAUUCCCCCCUCUCCUCCCCUCCCCCUCUCGUCCCCUCCCAUCACCAGACACGAGUGAGGCGAAACCCGAAAAGGAGAGAUGGCUGGGGUGGGGUGGACACCCCGCCCUCCGUCCACUCCUCCUUUCUUGCAUGGGCACCCCACCCACGAGUGAGGCGAAACCCUAA